CGGUGGAUGUUGUGAUGACAUUUUAAACAAUUCUUGAAAGUGUAAAUUUGUUUGUAUUUAUCGUAUUUAUUUUGAAUUAUCGCGGUUGUGAUGGUUUUGCGUACAUUCUAAAAUUUAAAUUGCAUGUACAAUUAUUGGAAUAAAAAUAAACCAUGUCGAAACGAAAAUCGGCAGCAGCCUUUAAUAGCGUCGAAGAAAAUGGUGAUAACAAAAGUGAUUACGCGACACACGAAAAACUAGAAGUGCCCGAAUGUACGGUGGAAGUGAUAAAUCGAAAGAGUAGCAGAGGGCGGCCACGUAAACCUAGACCGAACGAGCUGCUACUAGAAGAACCCCUGGAACCCGAAUAUGCAAAUCAAGCAGAUGACAAUGGCAACCAAACGCAAACAGAUUCCUCUUGUGCAAAACAAAACGAAGGAAAAAAGCAGAAGGCAGGUCGCCGAAAGAACACCACUAAAUCGGAAAUACGUUGCGAGAUCUGUGGUAAAACUUUUAAAUUUCGAGCCACUCUCAAGCAACACGAGCAGAUUCACUACGGAAUCAAGGAGUUCGAAUGUACCGUUUGCGGGAAACGUUUCAUGCACAAGGGUACACUGAAGGUUCAUCUACGAUUGCAUACCGGUGAAAUGCCGUACAAGUGUCCCUACUGUCCGAAACGUUAUCGGGGUCAAACCGCUCUGGAUUGUCACGUUUUUCGGCACACCAAACAGGGCACCAAAUGUCCACAGUGUUCCUCCGUGUUCGCUACUCCGUCGAUUGUGAAGCAACACAUCCGUGAGGUUCAUACGACGGAACGUUCGCAUACUUGCCAAAUCUGCGGUGUUACGUACAAACACCGGAAGAGUUUGCGGUUGCACUUGCGCAAUCAUCAGAAGAGAAAUUGUCCCGAUUGUGGCAAGGUUUUCUCCAGCGUUUAUGCUAUGAUGACCCAUCGAAAGAUUCAUGCUCAGGACCAUUUUCAGUACAAGUGCACUUUUUGCGAGCGGAAGUUCGAGAAAGAGGACGAACUGCAAUCACAUGCGAAGCUUCGCGGAAGGGGUUUCCAGUGUGACAUGUGCUGCCAUAGUUUCAACAAAAAAGACUACCUGGACAAUCAUCACCGGAGGAACCACUGGAAGGAGCUUGGAUUAGAGCAGCUGAAAGUGGCUGCGCCCAAAAAUGGUUGGAAUCGGAAAGGCGUUCCGAAACCGAAGAAAUUUGUUUCUGUGCCACUUAACUCGGUGGAGGCCUUAGCGGAGCCAUCAACCUACAAUGUUGUUACUGAAAGCGAACGGUUAAUCAGUACUUUAACAGUUUAUCAACCUGACGUGGAAAGUGAAACCGCCCCAGCGAAUUCGGAGUUAAUACCAACAACGAUAGUCACAAAGAUCGAAGAACCGUUUGAUAGAUGUUAUACGUUGGAAAUUCAAUCUAACGCUAUUCUGCCCUCGGUUGGCGUCCAAAAGCAGGACCAACCGGCCGAAGUUGAUUUCGAUCACGAUUACGCUGGUAUAAACGAUUUCGGUGCCGCUUCGUACAGUGACGAUAACUGUUUAGAACUUGAAGAAGCACGCCUAGAAACGGGUAGCGUUAAGUCGGAACAUGACUUUAAGGUGGAACUGGUUGAUAUUAGUGAACAGAGAAGUCCAGCGCAGAGCUGCGAAGCAGAAACUGUGCCUAAAAGUGAGAUUUUGGACGAAGAGCAAGAACAAUUCGGUAGUGAUGAUGAAGUGCCUCUGGCGACACUUGCAUCAAAAAGCAUUAGACUAAAGACUGAAAAGGGUAACACCGUGAAUAACGACCAAGAUCUCAAUUCAGCGGAGAAUAAUGAAGAUGACAAUGAAAACAUUCCACUAUCGCAACGUAGAAGAAAAUCCGACAAGCGUCAAAAGCGACGUUCAAGCAAUAUCACCAAAACAGGCGCCCAAGGUGGAUCCAACCGCGUCAGACAAGAACUGUUCUGUCCCUACUGUGGGAAACGGUUCGAUGGUCGAACUGUACUCAAGAAGCACAAGGCCGAAGUACAUCCCGACAGGAAACCAAACAAAGGGCCUUUCAGUUGUGAAAUCUGCGGCAAAUCCUACGCCACGGUAUCGUCAAUGGUGGUGCACCGGGGAAAUCAUGCCCAGUACCAACGGUACAAGUGUGACGAAUGUCCGAAAGCCUUCACCUAUCGAUGCUACCUGGAAAACCACAAACGAUCGGAGCAUCGGCACGAACGGCUGAUCUGCCCCAUCUGUGGCAAACUGUUCAAGUACAGUCAGGACCUGAAGGUGCACAACAAACAGCACGCCGAAGAUAAACCAUUUAAGUGUGACCAGUGCCCUUCGGUAUUUCGGUAUCCGAGCGCGCUGCGCUGCCACAAGGCACUGCACGUGAAAACGGUGUUCACGUGUGAUAUCUGCCAGAAAGUGUUUAAGUACGACAACAGUUUGCGGGUUCACAAGCGGUUGCACACAGGUGUUAAGCGGUUUCAGUGUGAAAUUUGCAACCGCGAGUUCCACACGAAGGCUCCACUGGUUCGACAUUUGGCAACGCAUUCGGUCGAGCGGGAAAUGAAAUGCGUGGUGUGUGAUAGAAUUUUCUACAAAAAGAUUGAACUGACCAUUCAUCAGACUAAAGAGCAUCCAAAUAAUCCACUCAUCGGGACGACGGUGAAAAUUCACACCUGUCAGGUGUGCGGCCAGGAAUUUACCAAGAAGAGUAAUCUUAAAUCGCACUCCUACAUCCACGGGGAUGUGUACAAAUACAAGUGUGACCUGUGCGAGGAUCAACAGUUUAAGCAACACGCAGGAUUGAGGCACCAUUUGAUACAUUUCCAUAAGCUAGAGGUGCGGAAACGAAAGCAGAAAGAGCCUGUUGCGAAAAGUUCGACAGUGGAUGGCACUCUGGCAGCGCCAGUUUGUGUCAUGCACAACGGGGUUGAAUUUCUGGUGCAACAAAUUCAAUGCGAAUAGCAAACUAAACUUAUGUACAUACGACUUGAAGAUAAAAUAGAGAAGUUCAUCUAAUCAACUGAUAAAA